AUGGCCAGCCCGAGAACACGUCACGUUUUGGCCGAUGUUCGUCGUAAAGACGAGAACAACUUUUGCUUUGAAUGUGGUACUCCAAAUCCACAAUGGGCCAGCGUCACAUACGGCAUUUGGAUAUGUUUGGAGUGUUCGGGAAGACACCGCGGUCUCGGUGUCCAUCUAAGUUUUGUGCGCUCCAUAACCAUGGACAAAUGGAAAACAGUUGAGCUAGAAAAAAUGAAGGUAGGUGGGAACCGGAAUGGCCGUUUGUUUUUUGAAUCGCAACCAGACUUCCGUUCAACGUGGUCGCUCACGGAGAAGUACAACAGCAGAGCCGCUGCCCUCCUCCGCGACAAGAUCCUAACGGAGGCCGAUGGGCGUGUUUGGAGUGAAGAGACCUCCGCAGCAAGGCACUACCAGCCGCCACACGGGAUGGGUCGCUGUGCCACCGCCGAGAGCCUGCCGUCGACCCAGGCGAGGGACAUCCCCGCGCGCCGAAUGCCCACCUGCCACUCCGACCUGGAGGCCUGGCUCAACGACGACGAGCCCGUGCAAAAGGCCAGGACACAGGAGUACUUCAGUCGCGUGAUGACCGAAAACGCAAACAGACCGAGGUUGGUCACUGGCCCUCCUAGUGCAGACACCCUUUUUUGUUUUGUUUCGUUUUUUGUUGGCCUGAAAAUCAGUGUUAAUUUAAAGGGAAGAACAGUUUCGAGUCACAAUGUGCAGAAAAGGCAAUUUCUCGUAAUUGAUGUAAAUCAUGAGGUUACGCAUUUACGUCGCCCUUUUGCCGGUUGUCUUAGAAACACUGAUUGA